GUUAAUUGAACAGAAACAUUUUGUGGGUUUGCUCGCUAAACUCAACAGUUCAUUUAGUAAACGGCUACACGACUAAACGUAAUGAACGACGGAUUAAUGUAAAAAGCAACAACAAAACGUGUAAAAUUCAGCAAAAUAAAUAAUAUCUAAAUAAAAUUGUUUUCAUUUUUUUAAAUACAAAAUUGGAUAUAUUAUACAAAUAAGGUUUUAAAAUUAUUAAAAUAACUAAAAAGUAGCAAUUGUAAAGUGUUUUUAACUGCAAAAAACAAGAGAAGAAGCAAAAAAUUGUGAAAAAAAUAAAAUAAAAAAUAUUUUAAAAGCAAAAAUUGUAUAUGGCAUACACAUUUUUACGUUAAAUUUAUACAUACAAGCAUAUGAAAAAAAUCUUUCAAACAAGCUCUUUGUGGAAAUAAUUUAAAAAAAAUUUAACAUUUUUUAUGGAAUGGAAUGCAGCAAAAGAGAUAGCGAGCGUUGAACGCCGCCGUUUUAAUUGUGUUAACACGACAUGUGCCAGAAAGAGAGGCAGAUAGAAAUUUUAUUAUACAAAAUAUCUCCUCACAUUGAUUAAGAGCACACAACAUACAAGUCGUCGCCCGUUUUUUUUUUCUUCAUAUAUGUAUAUUUUCUAUAAAAAUUUUUUCGUUAAAGUAAAUGUUGAGAUACACUCUACGUAAUCGGCCUAAAUAGUGUUGUAUAUAUGGAGAGAUUAUCAAAGUGUUUAAAAAAAAUUAACGAAAUAAUAAAAAACCAAUUGAAAGAAAACAAAACAUGAAUUAAUUCUUAAGAAAUAUAUUUCCAAAUUAAUUUGUGUAACAAGUGAUUGCUGGGGUAUUUCUCCAAGUGUACGAAAAGAAAAAAUAGAUACAAAAUGAAAGAAUGAAUCUGAAAGAUAUAAUUAAAAGAAUCUUACUACCCACAAGCUUAAUACAAGAAAAUAGAAAUGUUUAUAAGAAAAUAAAAUAAUAGUUAAACCAAACCAAGUGUUGAAUAAAAAGAAUGUGAGAAAAUUUCAAAGUGAAAAAAAAAUUGGUAAAAAAAUAUUUAAAUUUCAAAAAAUUAAGUAAGAUUAUGAUGUUUUUAAACCCAUUAAUCUUUAAAUGGAGAAAUUAAUAUAACAACAACUACAAACCAAACAAACAACUAAAAAAAAAUAUUAAAAAAUUUUACAAAAAUAACCUCAAUACAAACACAUACACACAUGUAAAUGGCCAAGAAAAAAAUAAACGGCAGAUAACAAAAAAAAAAAUAUUUCAAAAUUCAAAUAACGUUUUGAACGGUCUGAAACAACAACAAGAAAACAAAAAAUUGCCAACACCAAAAUAAUAACAAUAACAACAACUAAAAAACAAAACAAAAUAACCAACAAGUGGACAAAAAUGUGGUUGUAAAUAUAAAUAAAAAAAAAACGGCAACACCAACAACAAAAACGAAAGAUUUUUUGACAAUUUUAAACACGUUUUUUGAAAACCAAAACAACAACACAAGCAAUCAUUGGAUAUUUGGUUAAAAGCUGAAGAAGGGAGCCGAAGCAAAAAGAAAGAAACAAAAAACGCCAAAUAUCGUCAUUAACGUUAUCAUUAGCCACAUUUUUUUGUAGUUUUUGAACUCCUCCAUAAAAAUAAAAAAAAAAAAAAACACAAACAAAAGGUUUAUGAUUUCAUUUAUCAUAUGCUUAUGGAUUAUUGCUAUUAUUAACAUUAGCAAGAACAACAACAACAAUAAUAAUAAUAACAACAACAGCAAUACUUGUUUUGUUGUUGAAGCAAUAAACCCAAAAAUUCAUUAUCCACACGUGCAAUUAUUUCAAUUUGAAAUUAUGCCAAAAUUACAGCAACAACAACAAUUACCACACCAGCAACAUCAGCCACAAAAUCAAAAUCACUACCAGCAACAUUAUCAGCAGCAACAGCAACAAUACCAACAACACCAGCAGCAGCAACAACAUCACAAUAACCAGCUGCAUCAUCAGAGUUCUUUAACAAAUGUAGCCGCCGUUACAAAUCCCUCUGCCUCCACUACCACCCUGCUAUCCACCUCUUCCUCCUCAAUACAACACAUUUCGCCACAUCCCUAUCAACAGCCUCCGCAACAUUAUCACCAGCACAACUAUCAGCAACAGAGUCAACAUCAAUCGCAACAUUUACAUCAUGGUGAAUUUCCACUGCCCGAGGGCUGGGAUAUUGCCAAAGAUUUCGAUGGUAAAAUCUAUUAUAUAGAUCAUAAUACGAAAAAGACAACAUGGCUGGAUCCCAGAGACCAAUACACAAAACCCCAAUCAUUUGAAGAUUGUGUGGGUGAUGAAUUGCCCAUGGGUUGGGAAGAGGCUUAUGACCCCAAUAUAGGACGUUAUUAUAUAAAUCACAUAGCACAGACCACACAAUUGGAAGAUCCCCGUCAAGAAUGGAAAAGUGUACAGGAACAAAUGUUAAGAGACUAUUUGUCAGCGGCCCAGGAUCAAUUGGAAAACAAACGUGAAAUGUUUGAUGUUAAGCAACAGAGAUUAUUAAUAGCUCAAGAGGAAUAUAAUCAUCUUAAUAAAUUGGCGGCCAGUAGAAGCAGCUUAUGCUCUUCCUCCUCUUCUAUGAGUCGUCAUGAUCCUGAAUUAUUAAGAGCCGAUUUGAAACUGGCUAGAGAACGUGUUCACCAACUGAAACAAGAACUCAAACACAUUACAAAUGAUAUCUCCGAUACACAACGUGGUAUGAAUACUUUGUAUUCAGUGGGUGAGAAAAUCAAUGCUCGCCAAAAUGGUUGCUACGACAUAGCCGAGGUCCAGGCUAUACGCGAGGAAAUGCUCAAAGUACACAAGUCCCUUGUUUCGGGUGAGAAGGUACGCGAAGAACUGAUACGCAGUUUAGUGCAAAUCAAAAAUGAGCUUAGUCGCCAACAAAUCAAUGAAGAAAAUGCUGAACUACUGAAUGCCUCUUCGCCCUUCGAUCGGGUGUGUGUGGCUUCUCAAACCGAUCUGUGUGGGCCGGGUGAUAAUUUAAAUAGCGGUGCCCGUUUUGCUGAAAUGGCCAAAACAAAACUUCAAUACACCGAAUGGCGUAAGCAUAUUAAACGGCUGCAACAGCAAUUGGCGGAUCAUGUGGAACGCAUUGAACCCGGCCAAUUGGAAUCGGAUAAAGAUAGAAUACUAUUGAUUCAAGAAAAGGAAAAACUACUAAAUGAAUUAAAUAGCAUAUCGUUGAAAUCACGCACCUCCGAAGAAAUACAUGUCAUACAAGAAACCCGCAGAAAAUUGGAGGAAGAUCUAAAUGAAGCAUAUGAAGCGACAAAUCAACAAAUAAACAAUCGCCUUCGUUUUCACGAGGAGAAACAAUUGCUGUUGGAUAAGUUGCAAGAGGCUUUAAAGUCCACAAAAAUGUUAGAAGAACGCUUGAAAUCCUUCUCUUCAGAAAGUACCUUUUCCAUUAGUAGUGGCAGCAGCUUGGGUUCUUUGUCGACGGCGAGCAGUAAAAGUGCUUUAAGUUUCACCGACAUAUACAUAGACCCAUUUGCCGUGGAUCCCCAAAUAGAUGUGGUGGAUUUGCAUCGCCGUUCACAAAGGCUUUUCCAACAGCCACAGCAAUUGCAGCAACAGGCUCAAAUUAUUCAACAAAGCGUAGUAGGUGAUCAGGUUCUAGGUCAUCCUCCCCUGCAGCAACAACAAUCUUCCGAAAUCUCUUUAUCUCCACGCAGUAGUCUAUCAAUAGAAACCCCACCCGCCUCUCCUAUGAAAUAUAAUCCCGCCUCUGAACAAAAUCCAUUAAGUGCCUCUUCUCAGCAGUUACUGAAGGAAGAACCUACGUAUGCCAAUGCUGGAGCCGUCUUACAAACACUGUAUCAGCAAUCCAAUCAGAUACCCGCCUCAGUGGGCAACAGAGCAGCUGCACCAAAUCCUUAUGACUUAGAUUCUACAGUAUUGGACUGUAUGAUGUUGGAGGCUAAAUUACAAAAACUCAAUAUGUCGGCACCCCUCAAUUUGGGAGCUCCUUUGUCGCCUAUUUCAGAAAAACCUUCACUGCUAGAUUUACCCCAAGAAAUGUUGAGUCGUUCAUCGUCUACAUCGAAUACACGCUCAGUAUCGGCAGCCGUAAGCAAUGAAUCUGUGGCGGGAGAUUCGGGUGUAUUUGAGGCUUCACGAGCUCAUUUGCCACGCAAGGAGUUGGCGCAAGUGCAAAUAGGUUUGAAAUACCUAAAGAAGGAAGGCGUUUUGGUGGUAUCUUUGGAACGUGCAAACAAUUUAUCUGCCCUAGUGACAACCUCAACGGAAAAUUCGCAAGUAUAUCUCCGUGCCGCUUUACUACCCAAUUCCCUGACAUCCAUACGCACAAAAGCCUUACCAGAUUUCCAAAAGCCCGUAUUUAAUGAUACAUUUGCGGUGCCUAUUUCACUCAGUAAACUUUUAACCAAGAGCUUGCAUGUGACCGUGAUUAGCAUGACCGGACAAAAAGAGGAGAUUAUUGGAACAGUUCAAAUAAGUAUGGCUGAAUUUAAUCCAGAGGAUUCCACCUUGAAGUGGUACAAUGUUUUGAGUUCGAAAUUUAUGCCCACAUUUGAACCAUUAGAUAUGCCCUCAACUAGUGCAGCAGCUGCUGUAGCAGUAGCUGGACAUGUGAACAAUAGUGCUCCAGUUACACACAAUGUUUGCAAAGAAGAAUCUUCUGAUGAAUCGACCAUAACUUCAUCUCAAACUUCCACACUGACACGAAACCAAGUGCCACCAUUUGAAAUGCAAGCACAAAUUGCCGAAGAUUUAAGAGAAAAUCUUGGCUUGGAUGUGGAUGACAACGAUGAAGAUGAGGACGAUGAUGAAGAUGACGAAGAGGAAGUAGAUGAUGAGGAAUUGGAGGGCGCUAUAGGAAGUGAUUUUACCAAGAAAAUGUUGGAUGCCUACAUGGACAAUAUGAAACAGGAAUAUGUUGAUAAGGAAACCAAUACAGAAUGUGCAUUCCCUCCAGAAAAAUCUCGUUCACAACAGGGUCAACAAACAACCGAUGAUAGACCCGUUAAACGGUCACAAACAUUUACACCUUCAGCGGCGGUGGGUAAAAGUCGCUAUAUUUGCCGCUUGAAUCGCAGUGAUUCAGAUUCGGCCAUGCAUUUUGGGGUUACACCACAUCCCUUCCAUCGUGGAGCCAUUGAAAGACGUUCUUUGCGCUUCCACACCAAAGCUCCUAAAACUGCCACAAAAUUAAAUCAUACUCAUAUACCACGUACUAGCUUGGAUCUGGAAUUGGAUUUACAAGCUCAACAUAGCAAACUAGACUUCCUAAAUGAUCAAAUUGCUAAAUUGCAAAAUUUAAAAGAUGUUUUGGAAAAGGCACGCGAUGAAAAGGAUCCUUUAAUCGCCGCCUGGGCUAUUGAGAAUGAGGAAUUCCAACGUUUAGUAGAACGUGCCGAUCCUGCCAAAUGCCCCGAAGAGAAACAAUUACAAAAGUUGUUAAUGAAAACUACUAAGAAAAUUUAUAAAUUACGCAAAACAAAAGUCCCUAAAGGAUGUCCAGAUUUAGUGUCUUUCAAAGAAAAAAUUUCCUUCUUUACUCGCAAGGGUUUGUCAGUACCCGAACUACCAACUGAUUUUAUGCUAUCCGAAGCUGAUCCUAUCGAAGAGGAAGAGGAGGAUUUGGAAGACGAUGAUGAUGAAGAUAAUGCCGCCGAAACAGCAAUUGCCAUUAAUACUGCUCUCGUAGCCAGUAGCAUACGUAACAAGAAUCUCAGUGAGAAUCAUAGCGGUGGCAGUGCAAGUAGCCGAAGACAACAAGCUACACAAAAUGCCACCAAUAAAACUAAAAUCGCAACCUCAACCACAACUACAACCACUAUUACAACAGAAGAAACCGAAAUUGUUAAAACUUUAGAAAACACCAAAGAAAACCAACAACAGCAACAAGUUAAUAACGGCAAAGAAGAUGACGAUCAGAAACAACGUUUCGAUUACGUUAUCGAUCGUACGUACGGUGUUGAAGUUUAGAAAAUUAGGCUCUUCAUUUAUAAUUUGUUUUUUUAUUUUAUUGUACAGAACUAGAAAAUGUUUUUAUGAAGAAAAACAUUUUUUUGAUUUGCAAAUUUUUUCAUAAUUACAAUUUUUAGAGAGAGAUCAAGAAGAUAUAAAUAGAUAGUGUAUAGAAUAAAUUAAAAUAUAAUAUAAAUAUUAAAUUAUUUAACAAACAAUAAAGCCAGAGAUUAUUAUAUAAGCUUAAAGCUACAACUUGUAAAAAGAAAACAUGCAUAUAAUUUAUUUUAUAAAUUAUAAGAAAAAUAAUAAUAUAGGAAAUAGAGUAACAACUUUAUAUAGAAACAGAGGACAACUGCGGAUAGAUACUAUUUCCAAAACAAUCUUAAUGAAUUUAUCAAACUAUAGUUAAAAGCCAAACUAUGAAAUGUUUGUAAUUGAAACAGUGAUUUUAAAAAUCACUAAUUUUUUAUCAUAACUUUUCAAUAGUUUAUUGUUUCUAUAAAAAGUUAUUACUUUAUUAUAUCUUUCAAACUGAAGAAACAAACAAAUUGUGCCUUAUAUUUAAAAUAUUUAGUUAUAAGUUAAAAAAAGCAAAAAUAAUUAUACUAAAAAUUUUGUAAAUUUUUGAAAUCCCCUGAUAAAAAAAAUUCCCAACUGUGCAUAUUUUUUACUCAAUACUAAACAAAAACAAAAAAAAAACUGAAAAUAAAUCUGUAUUCCUAAGACUUUAUGAAACACUAUACGAAUGUAAUUUAUUUAAAACUAAAAAAAAUAUUAAAUUAGAAAAAUAAUUAAAUAGUAAUUAGAAUUAAGACAAAUCCUUUUGUAUAUAAACCUACCCGCCCUACAAAACCACAAAAUCCAAAACAUACCCCCCCCCUCCAAAAUAGUAAAAUAUUUUUAACUAGAACUUUUUCAAAAUUUUUUAAAUCUUUUUUUACACAAAAAGUAAUAAAUCUACAAAAGCUUGCGUUUUUGAUGAGCUUUCACUUUAUAUCUAAUCGUAAUUACAUGCAUACAAACAAAACCAAACAAUUAGAAACCAUACUUCCAUAAUAUUUUUUUAUUAUUAUUAUUAUUUAUAUACUCUUCCCCUAAUUUCAUGUAAAUCGCAAAAAUAUAUCAUUUUACCUACAAUUUUAUAUACCGUUUUCUAAAAAAAAUAAUUUUCCUUUUCUAAACAAUA